UGGGGGACAAGACGCUGCAGAGGCCCAGCACAGGAGCCGCCAUCGUGUGGCGUUGGGGUGGGGGGCGGCUUGGAGGGCCACUUUGCGCCCCACCUGGUCUGAACCCCAGCCCAGGAGGCGGGCGGGGAGCGGGUUUGCGCGCGCCUUGUUGGAGGGUUCUCUGGAGUGACCUGUCCCCACUCUCUGCGCCACCAGGGACGCCAGCAGUGAGGCUCGGACCCUCGGCGGCCGUCGGCCCUUCUGGUUUCUGUGGGUCCGCUUUCCCGCCGCUGCGGCCCCUUCCCUGCCUGACCCUGGGCUCCGCUCCGGUGGCCCCGGGAGCAUGGAGCCCUUCCUCAGGAGGCGGUUGACCUUCCUGUCCUUCUUCUGGGACAAGAUCUGGCCGGUGGCCGCGCCGGACAACGGCGUCCAGGGGCUCCCCGACCCUGUGGCCGGCGCUGAACCAGAGCCCGCUGCCACAGAGCCCUGCAGCCCCCCGGCGCCCCCACAGCUCUUCAGGGCGCUCUAUGACUUCACCGCGCGGUGCUCGGCAGAGCUGAGCGUCAGCCGCGGGGACAGGCUCUGCGCCCUCAGAGAGGACGGCGACUACAUCUUUGCCCGCAGACUCUCCGGCCCGCCCGGUACUGGGCUGGUACCCAUCACCCACCUGGCCAGGGCCACCCCGGAGACGCUCUCAGACCCCCCCUGGUACUUCAGCCGCAUGAGCCGCGCCCGUGCCCAGCAGCUGCUCCUGUCCCCGGCCAGCGCCCCGGGAGCCUUCCUUGUCCGGCCCAGCGAGAGCAGCCGUGGGGACUAUUCGCUCUCAGUCCGGGCGCAGGCCAAAGUCCACCACUACCGCAUCUCCACGGCGGCCGGCGGUCUCUACCUGCAGAAGGGCCGGCUCUUCCCCAGCCUGGAGGAGCUGCUCGCCUACUACAAGGCCAACUGGAAGCUGACCCAGAGCCCGCUGCUGCAGGCCCAUGUGCCCCAGGGAGCAGCAGGCAGAGGCCCGGAGCGCCCCCCGCCCCCUCAGAGGCCCCCGCAGCAGGACCAGUGGGAGCGGCCUCGCUCCGAGUUCGCCCUGAGGAGGAAGCUGGGUGAAGGCUGCUUCGGGGAGGUGUGGGAAGGCCUGUGGCUUGGCUCCACUCCAGUGGCAGUCAAGGUCAUCAAGUCAGCCUACAUGAAGCUCGCGGACCUCAGCAAGGAGAUCCAGACCCUCAAGAGCCUGAGGCACGAGCGUCUCAUCCAGCUGCAUGCUGUGUGCUCGGCCGGCCAGCCCGUGUACAUCGUCACAGAGCUUAUGCGCAAGGGCAGCCUGCAGGCCUUCCUGGGCAGCCCCGAGGGACGGGCCCUGGGCCUGCCUCUCCUGCUGAGCUUUGCCUGCCAGGUGGCCGAGGGCAUGAGCUACCUGGAGGGUCGACGCAUCGUACACCGUGACCUGGCAGCUAGGAACGUGCUCGUUGGUGACGACCUGGCAUGCAAGGUGGCUGACUUUGGCCUGGCCCGGCUGCUGAAGGACGACAUCUACUCCCCAAGCAGCAGCUCCAAGAUCCCCGUCAAGUGGACGGCACCUGAGGCGGCCAACUAUCGCAUCUACUCUCAGAAGUCGGACGUCUGGUCCUUCGGAGUUCUGCUCUAUGAGGUUUUCACCUACGGCCAGUGUCCUUAUGAAGGACUGAGCAACCACGAGACCCUGCAGCAGGUCAUGCGAGGGUACCGGCUGCCACGCCCCGCGCCCUGCCCGGCCGAGGUCUACGCGCUCAUGCUGGAGUGCUGGAAGGGCAGCCCUGAGGAGCGGCCGGCUUUCGCUGCGCUGCAGGAGAAGCUGAGUGCCGCCCACAGGCGCCUCGCCCCUGCCCACACGUGACCGGGGACGCCGGACACAGGGGCUGGGGCCACGCCUCCCUGCCUGGCGUGUCCCCCCAGGACAAUGCUGGCCGUCAACACAUCCAGGGGCGCUGGCAGCCUGGAGCGGCCUCUGGCUGCGGUCCUCACACCCUGACAGACACAUGGACUGGCACACGUGUGUGGGGAAGAUGUCCCCUCAGACGGGAGGGCUGGUGUCCUCUGCUCCACGGGACCUGGUGUCCCUGGUGAGGGGAGGUCUCAGCACAGCAGUCGGGGUGGCGCCUGAAUGUUGUCCGGCCGUGGAGAUUUGCUGGACAGAGAAGACCUGAGACUGGGCCACGGCCCCCUGCCCACCCCUGCUGCCCCGGGCAGCCCGAUUCCUCCUGGGGCCAACAGCCAGAGGCUCCCCAGUUUUUGGCAAAGUUCCCCCAUGGCCGACGCUGGGCUCCCAGGCCGAGGCGGCACGGGGCCGACACAGCACAGGCUGGGCAAACCUGCUGGCUGCGUGCAGACCCGAGUGCUCGGAAAACGGGCGGCGACGGACUCACCUGCAUCGUGCAUGGGCCUCAGCGCCCAGACCCGGAACAGCAGCUGCAGCGGAUGGGGAGGUCUACCAGCUGGUCCCUGGAAGCAGAGCUGGCCCCCAUGUGGCCCAGGGCCCCGCCCCAGGGGACUCUGAUACCCCAGGGAGCAGGACCCCUGCGGGACCAAGCGGCCCACUCUAUCUGCCUGGGGCUGGGAUUGAAAUUGGGGGAGCCUGGGUCAGGCCACGGGCAGGGCAGGCUGCAUGGUCAUUCCUGGGGCUGAGAGACUCGAGGUCCUUCUCUGGGGGUGGGGCAAAGAUCAGGGGUUCUGGGUCCCGGGUGCUGGCCCGGGGUCAGACGGGGGUGGAGCUGGAUCCCAUGGUGUUGGGUCAACACGCCUGCUCCUGCUCGGGCUGAUUUCAAGCCACCGUUGGCGUCACUGAACGAGGAGCCGGGUGGGACACGCCUGUCCUCACUCACCAGCCAGCUCCAGUCACCACGAGAGGGACCCGAGGGGCACGGGGACCAGGCAG